CCCUCUCUCUCCACCCCGCACUUCCGUGUUAGCGCCUGUGCUCGUGUGUGUGUGUGUGUUUAGCUCCGGGUUAGCUUCGGUCCUCUGAUAAAGAAUCAUGUCUCUGGAGGUGGAAUCAGCAGACGUGAUCCGUCUGAUUAUGCAGUAUUUAAAAGAAAACAAUCUGCAGCGGACUCUGGUCACCCUGCAGGAGGAGACCACAGUGUCUCUGAACACGGUGGACAGUAUUGACAGUUUUGUCGCAGACAUCAACAGUGGCCACUGGGACACUGUCCUUCAAGCCAUCCAGUCCCUCAAGCUCCCAGACAAGACUCUGAUAGACCUUUAUGAACAGGUUGUGUUGGAGCUGAUUGAGCUGAGAGAGCUGGGUGCGGCUCGUUCACUUCUCAGGCAGACUGACCCCAUGAUCAUGCUCAAACAAACCCAACCAGAGAGAUACAUCCACCUGGAGAACCUGCUGGCUCGCUCCUACUUCGAUCCCCGAGAGGCGUACCCAGAUGGCAGCAGUAAGGAGAAGCGCCGAGCUGCCAUCGCCCAUGCCCUGGCCGGGGAGGUCAGUGUGGUGCCCCCCUCUCGUCUCAUGGCUCUGCUGGGACAGUCACUGAAGUGGCAGCAGCAUCAGGGUCUCCUUCCUCCUGGUAUGACCAUCGAUCUGUUCAGGGGUAAAGCUGCAGUCAAAGAUGUGGAGGAGGAGCGUUUCCCCACUCAGCUCUGCAGACACAUCAAGUUUGGACAGAAAUCUCAUGUGGAAUGUUCCCGAUUCUCCCCUGAUGGUCAGUACCUGGUCACAGGCUCUGUGGACGGCUUCAUCGAGGUCUGGAAUUUCACAACCGGCAAAAUCAGAAAGGAUCUGAAGUACCAGGCUCAGGAUAACUUCAUGAUGAUGGAUGAUGCAGUGUUGUGUAUGGGCUUCAGCCGGGACACAGAGAUGUUGGCCACCGGAGCGCAAGAUGGAAAAAUCAAGGUGUGGAAGAUCCAGAGCGGUCAGUGUCUGAGGAGAUUUGAACGUGCCCACAGCAAAGGAGUAACGUGUGUCAGCUUCUGUAAAGAUAGCAGCCAGCUCCUCAGCGCCUCCUUUGACCAGACGAUCAGAAUCCAUGGACUGAAGUCAGGUAAAACUCUGAAGGAGUUCCGCGGUCACUCCUCAUUUGUCAACGAGGCCACGUUUACACCAGAUGGCCACCACAUCCUCAGCGCUUCCUCCGACGGAACAGUGAAGGUUUGGAACAUGAAGACCACCGAGUGCUCAAACACCUACAAACCUCUGGGCACGUCAGCUGGCACCGACAUCACUGUCAACAACGUCAUCCUGCUGCCCAAGAACCCGGAGCACUUUGUCGUGUGCAACCGUUCCAACACGGUGGUCAUCAUGAACAUGCAGGGACAGAUUGUGAGGAGCUUCAGCUCCGGUAAGAGGGAAGGUGGUGACUUUGUGUGCUGCACUCUGUCGCCCCGCGGUGAGUGGAUCUAUUGCGUGGGAGAAGACUUUGUGCUCUACUGCUUCAGCACAGUGACGGGCAAACUGGAGAGAACACUGACGAUCCACGAGAAGGAUGUGAUCGGCAUCUCCCACCACCCCCACCAGAACCUCAUCGGCACCUACAGUGAGGACGGCCUUCUGAAGCUCUGGAAGCCUUGACGUGUUGAAACCAAGUUUAAACUGGACGUUCUCACUGGGCAGCUGCUCCCUCCUCUCUGGACUCUGCUCCACCGUUUGUCGUGUUGGUUUUCAGCCACAGUGAAUCAUUCCCAGGUUCAUGUGGACCUAAAAGUUUUGGAUGCACGCGUUGAUGAUCUCUGUCACAUUCAGCUGCAUGUUUUCAUGUGGAAGUGGUCGUUGUGUGUGAUGAAUAAAAAUGCAGGUUGUGCAGGUUCUGUUGUGUUAUUGAAAACAUGCAGCUGGAUGUUCGUGCAGCUGAGCUUUAUUUACCUCAGCCAUCUGAGAGUGAAGGUUCAUCUUUACAGUAGUUUUACUGGAAAUGUUUCAUUCAAUUUCUAAAACCUGACAUUUUUAUAUCUUUAAAUUACUUUUUCAGUUUGUUCAAAGUUCAUAGAAAUAAUUUCCGUGCAUCUAACGAAGCGACUUGUGCUUCACUGUGACUCUUGUUUAUGAAUUUGUUCAGGUGAGGAGUCAGAUGUUCGGAUUGAGAUAGAAACAAGGUUUUAAUUCUUGUUUUGAAAAUUCAAUUUUCUGUAAAUAUAUAUUUUUCACAUCUUUUUUUUUCCCAAGAAGACCUGGUUGAAUAGUUGUUUGUCUGUGUCUUUCCUCAAGUCAUGGCAAGAAGUGAAAGUCAUGGCAGAAGUUGCACUGUCACCUUCUGCAAUACAGAACAAUACAUUUCAGUUUUAUAAGUCAUCCUACUUUUCUCCUCGUUUUCGUUUUUUAAUCAGGCCUCUUUUUAAUUUUUAUUCCUGGAGUUAGGCCCCGAGUGAUGUUGGAAACUUCCCUCAGUGCAUACAUGACCAAUAAUUUACACAAAUCACAGGUUCUGUAACUUGGAUGUCCAAAUGUCCCAUUUGUGUUUCUUGUCUUUGCCAGUAAAGCUAUUUAACCAGAA